AUGGUGCUGCGGAAGUUCCCCUAUCGGGUCCCGGUUGUGGAUCCCAAAAUCUCCGACCUCGUUGAGUGGCUCACCCAGCAGGAACGCCCGCUGGACCAUCUCAUCAACCUCGUCCCGGCCCAUGUCGACCUGAUCGACUACUCCUGGCCGCUCCCACGGUCGGAUCUCCUUCUCUGGGUGCCGGUCCUCAAGCUGGUGGAUGCCUUCAUCGAGCGCAUCCUCCAGGGGCUGGCCGUGGGCUCGGUGCUGGAGGUCACCUUCCCCGCCGAGCGCCGGACCCUGGUGUCGGUCCUGCGGUUCCUGGCCAUCCUCCUGCGAAACACCUUCAACCGGUCGAUCUACACCUGCGUGGACUAUGUGAAUGGUUUGCUGGUGGUGGACGACCUGGAGGUCCUGGAGGCGGCCCUGACCCUCGGCAGUGUGGUCCUUCGGCGGGCCACGCGCGCGGCGCGCGGCCGCAUCGAAGCCUCCCGGCUGCUGACCCUGGCCCGGGGCUGGGGUCCCACCCACCGGGGGAUGCCGCUGCCGUUGCAGUGUGACCUGGUGGCCUCGGGCGGCCCGGCGCCGGCCUCCAUGAGCCAGGUGAACUUCGAGUACUCGGCCAUCGAUGACCCGGUGGGGCUGCCGGUGACCAUCCGCCUGGCCGGGCUGCCGGACACCGGCAACGGGCCAUCCUCCUCCAUGGCGCCGGCCAUGCGCGAUCUCGAGGUGCACUAUCGCCAGCAAUUCCAGCGCGCCUUGCGCAAGUACAAUGUCCCGCUGGCCGAGAAGUUUCCCCUCUUCCACCACAUGCGCCUGAAUACGUUGGUCUGCGCGCCGGAGGCCCGCGAGACCCUGGUUCGCAUCCGGCUGCUGGCCAUCAUGCUGAUCCAGUUCAUGGCCGUCGACGAGGCGUCCUUCCGGAUGUUGGUCUUCCAUGAGCCGGAGUUCAUGAGCGACCUGGCCAGCCUGAUCUCCGGUGACCGUGUUGUUCCGUGGUCCCUGCAAACACUGGUCCUGCGCAUCUUCGAAAUCGUGGCCACGGCCAAUGACUCACGCACGCAUGGGCUCGUGUCGGCCCUGCGCCUGACCGCCGAUUAUGGCAUCCUCGUGGCCAUCCUGCGCAAAACCCUGGCCUCCAUUCGCUCUGCCGAGGCCCCGGCCGAUAUCCCGCCCUCCUUCUUGACUUCCCUCUUUUCGCUGAUCGCCGUGCUGGUCAUGUCCCUGCCCCGGAGCCAGCGUUUCGCCGCCACCAGCAUCUUCAUCUCCAUGCAGCCCUUCCUGGAUGGGGUGUUCCCCCGGUACACUCGGGCCACAUCCCUCUGCCUGCAUGUGGUGGACACGAUGCUCUUCACACAAACCAGCUCCGUGGCCCCGAGCGCCGAGAGCGAAAUCCACGCCUUCUUCAAUGAGCACCGGGGCGUGCUGCUGGUGGCCCAGCGCCUGGCCACCGAGCUGGAGUCCAUGCAUGGCAGUCUGCUGGCGCUUCGGGCCCCGGCUGCCGGGGCCGAUGCCAUGGAUGUGGACAGUGGUCCGGGCGAUGGCACCGAAACUUCGGCCAGCUUGGCCGCCGGGCCCAUGCCCUUCCUGGCGGAGAUGGCCAUCCCCAUGGACCAAAUGCGGCUGAUCCGCGUGCUCUUCCGGUUUUUCAUCCACGCCUUCCGGUCCAACCGCGCGGCGGAAACCCUGCGCUCCCUGACCGACAGCCCGCUGAUGGAUGCCUUCCGCUUGGUGUUCGCCAACAGCCACCUCUUCCCGUCCAUCUACUCGACGGCCCUCUCGCUGCUGGGGCUGAUGAUCCACACGGAGCCCACGUCGUUGGUGGUCUUCCAGGAGCUCGGCAUCACGGACUUAGUGCUGGAGACCCUGGCCCCGGCCGGGCUGGAGCCCGGGUCGGUCCGGUGGUCGCCCUUCUCCUUCCCGGCCGGGUAUGCCCCGCUGGAUCGCCUGUGCGGCGUGGCCGCCGGCACGGAUGCCGGCCUGCCCGCGGCCGGGGGCUUCUUCGCGCGGCCCAUCCGCCCGUACCCGGACGAGGAGGCCCUCCUGUCGUUGCCGCUCUUGCUGUCGGCCCUGUGCCUGAAUGACGCCGGUGUCCAGGCGGUCCGCGAGUCCCGGGCCCUGGAGCACCUGGCUUGUGUCCUGACCAGCCCGAACUUCGUCAACAUCCUGUCCCUCUCGCCGAUGAUCUACAUCCCGGAGCGGGCAUCCUGCUACCUGCCCACCGACUUCGGGGCCACCUUCAAUGAGCUGGCGCGCCAUCAUCCGUCCCUCAAGCCGGCGGCCAUGGCGGCCGUGCGCCUGGUCCUGCGGAACCUCCACGAGCUGGCGGACACCGUCGCCUCGAAUCCCGGGCGCUUUGACGCCUUCACCAAUCUCGCGAUGGAGUCCGAGAGCCUGGUCCUGGAGUCGGCCGGGCCCAACCGGGCCCCCUUCUCCUUCCUGCUUCGGGCCAUUUCCUCCACCUGCAAGUUCCUGGAGGCCUUCACCCGGACGCCGUGCGUGUGUGGCGAUCUCCUGCGCGAGGUCCCGGUGCCGGAGCUCCUGUCGCUGGCCCUGCUUCCCGGGCUGCCGUACACCUUCUCCGAGGGCCGGUCCUACUCCUGCAUCACCAAGCUCCUGGGUCAUUUGAUCUCCAGCUCGAAUCUCUGCGUCAAGUCCUUGCUGCCGUUCCUGGUGGAGCGCCUCGGCACGAGCCUCGCCACGCUCCAGGCCGAGGGCAGCCUCUUCCACAAGUUCUCCUUCGAUUCGCAUCUGGCACAGUUCAUCGGCAUCACCGACCCCGCGGUUCGUGAUCGUGGCUCGGCCAUCCUGCAUGCCCUGAGCCAGUCCUUGAUUCUGGUGCGGCUGGUGGCCGACCUGACGCACUUGACCCUGACCGGGCACAUCUUCGGGUCGAUGCUCUUCAUCAUGGAGUACAUCGGCACCCCGGAGGUGGCGGCCACCCUGGCCCAGGCGGCUCGGCUGUCGCUGUCCCUGUCGAAGGAGGCCUUCCUGCUGUACCGGGCCCCGGAAAGCCCGGCCGUGUUGCGGCUGAUUGAGACCCGCCGGGCCGAGGCGGCCGCCGAAAACAUCCAGCUGCUGAACACCACCCAGCCGCAGUCCAUGUACCAGCUGUCGCAACUGUCGCGCUACUUCACCCCCCAGGCCCAGGCGCAGAUGGCCACCGCCGGGGAGAAUGUCCGGCUCCUGUGCCCCUCCAACCGGAUGGCCCUCUACUCGGUGAGCAGCAAAUUUGUCAGCGCCCUGACGGCCCUGCUGCGGGGCUUCGCCGAGGCGGCGCACCGGCUCCAGGCCGAAACCCCGACCCUGGAGCGGAAGGCCUGCUUCCCGGCGCCGGCCGUUCGCCAGGCCGCCCGGCAGACCAUGGCCCUGGUGUUGGAUCCGAUUCGCGAGCCGGGGUUCCUGCUGCCGGGGCCGGCAUGCGAGGCCACUGCCGGGGGCUCGUCGCCGGCCGAGGCCGAUGGGUCGUCCGCACCGGUGGAGCACACCCUGGUGGCCAGCUCGGUGGCCUACAUGCUGGUGCAUCGGCUCCAUCGGGUGCUGGCCCAGGGCCAGCCCGGGUGGGUGCCCAACAUCCCGAUGGCCUUUGCCUUUGCCGAGCACCUUUCCCCGGAGGAGGCGGCCGGGCCGGCGGACAAGGUGUUCGCGGAUGCGGAGCCGGCUCCCCUGCUGCUGGCCCGGUGCCUGUGGGCCCGGCGCCAGGCCUUGAGUCGGCAUCCGGCGGCGGUGGCCGCGGCCGCCGGCGGGCACAUGUCCUGCGCGUCCACCUGUCCCGAGGCGCCGGCCAAUGUCCUGCCGGAUCCGCUGCUCCGGGCCAUGCGUGCCACGGAAAUUGCCCUGUCCUUCUUCCUGAACUUGACGGCCGGGUUGAUGACCUUCCGGCAGCUCUUCUCCCGGCAGGCCCUCACCUACUACUUCAUCAUGUAUGCCUACUUCGGCGAGCCGGAGCCGCUGACGGCCGAGCAGGUGGCCGCGCUGCCGGCCCCGCCGCCCGACGCCGGGGCCGCCGGGGCCGACAUCCUCCCCGGGCAGCCGGCCACCCACCAUCGUGUGACUUACCAUCAGCUGGUGGCGCCGGCCAAGCAGCAUGCCCAUGUCAGCCGGGCCCUGCAUGCCUUGAUCCGGUUCAAUUCGCAAGUCAGCGACUUUGUCGUGGGCAUGUGGCGCCAGGGGCUGGGCACUCUCAAGCAUUGCGAUGCCUACCUCCUGAGCCAUGUCAUCUAUCAUCUGCACUUUACGUUGGACUUUGCGCAGAAUCGCCUGCCCGACUUGUCGGCGGUCAAGCUCCCGACGCCGGGUGGCCCGGCGCGGGUGUCCAUCGACCCGCUGGCCGGGCGCCUUGACCGGACCCCGGGCGCCGGCUUCGGCCUGACGACCUUCGUCAUGCCGGACUGGCAGACCUUGGUCGGCGGCCGGCCGGGAGAGGGUGCUGCCGCGGAUGCCGGCCGGGGGGGCACCCUUGCCGCCGCCGCCGCCGCCGCCGGGCCCGGGGCCACUGUCCCCGGGUCACGGCCCGGGGAUGGGGCCGCCCCGGGGCCGGCCGCCGGGCCCGGAAGGCCCAUCCUCCCGGGCCCCGGGGCCGGGACCGGCACCUCCGGCGCCACGCCCGCCGCUCCGACCACCAAUCCCCUGGCGUCGCCGCACUUCCUGGAGCUGCUGGACAUCCUGCACGGGGUGUCGAGCCCGGACUCCGAGGACGAGGGCGAUGCCGGGGACUCGGACACCGAGUCCGAGGAUGGCCGGGGAAGCCCCUCCUCCGGGGAUGAGGAGUCCAUCGACAUCCUGGAGCCGCUGUCGGCGGCCGAGGCGGCGGCCGCAUUCGAAGUGCCGGAGGUCGAGCCGGAUCCCAGCUCGGUGGACAUGCUGCAGGAGCUGGGCUUCUCGCGGGCCGACUGCGAGCGGGCCCUGCGGGCGGCGCACAACAACCUGGCCGUGGCGGCGGAUGCGCUGCUGUCGCAGCCGGCCGCCAGCCGGUCGGCUCCCCCGCGACGCCCGGCGCUUGUGAUCCCGGAGCCGGUGGCCGCCGCGGGCGGCGCGUCGCCGGCGGCGGCGGCCGUUGAGGCGGCGGCGGCCGUCGCCACUGCGGCGGCGGCGGCGGCGGCCGGUGCCGGUGCCGGUGCCGGUGCCGGUGCUUCCUCCACGACGGAGGCCACGGCCGCGGCCGCGGCCGCGGCGACCUCCCCCGAUGGGCGUGCCGGGGCCGGUGGCGCCGAGGCCGAGACCACUGGCACCGGCGGCGCUGCCGCCGCCGGGCGCCCCGCCGGCCCUGGCGACGCCCCUCUGCCACCCUUCCUGGAGGUGGAGAUGUCGGCCUUCAUUUCGACCCUGAUGGACCACUUUUGCGAGCUGGCCGGCCGGCGCAUCGCCGCGUCGCGUGCCCUCUCGACGCCGGAGCUGAUCGACCAGUCGAUCGAGCUCAUCCAGUCGACGGAGCGCAUCACCCGGAGCUGCCAGAUCCUGAUUGUGUCGCUGCUGCUCAGUGUCUCGGCCCUGGCCUUCAAGCAGGAGGACCCGGUGGCCGGGGCCAAGGCCGAGGAUGCGGCCACCGCGGCGGCCAGCCUGACGGCGCACUAUUCGCGCUCGCUGCUGGCCCAGUCGAAGGACCGGAUCCGGGAGAUGAUCGAUCGAAUUGUCCUGCGCGCGCGCGACAUGAUGGCCGAGCUGCUGCUGCUGCCGGUCAAGGAGGAGCCGGGGUCGGCCGAGGCCGGCCCGGCCUUCGGGCUGUCGGGCUGCCCGCUGGCCGGGUCCCAGGGGCACCGGGCGGUCCUCCGGCUGCUGGCCGUGUGCUUCCAGGAUGCGGACUUCGGGUCGGCCUUUGUGGCGUCGGUGUCGCGGCAGCUGGUGCCCACGCUGGCGGCCUGUGUGGACCGGGUGCUUGCCCGGCCGCCGGCCAGCCCGGACCGGCCGCCCUUCUGGCUGAGCACCUGCCUGUUGGUCUUGGUCCGGGUGCAGAAGUUCUCCUGCGCCAUGGAUGAUGGCCAGGUGAACCCGGUCCUCCGGCGGCCGCUGGACAUGCAGGCGGUCCUGCAGUCGGUCGAGUAUUCGCUCCCGCGCCUGCUGGACGAGUCGCUUGCCGAGCCGGCGGCCGUUGUGGCCGAGCCGGCGGCCGAUGUGCCGAUGGCCGACGGCCCGGCCUCCGGGACGCGGCCCUCCCCCCCGCCGGCGGAUGUCGCCCCGGCGGACGUCCCCAUGGCCGACGGCCCGGCGGCGGAGGCCGGGCCCCUGCCGGCCGCUGUGGCCUUCCAAAUUGCCCCCCUGACUGAGGAGCAGCAGCAUGCGGUGGUUCGCCUGGCGGUGCUGGUGCUGGCACGCAGCGGGGAGCUUCCGCUGCUGGAAAAUGAGCAGACCCUGGCCGAUGACCAUGUGCGCCUGAUCACCCUGGCCCAGGCCGGGCGGAGCUUCACCCUGACGGUGGACAAUUCCCUCUGCCCAUCGUACGUCGGGGCCUUGAUGACCAUCGAGGCGGCCUUCAUGGCCCUGGUGACGCUGAGCUCCAGCCGGUCGGCGGUCCGGCUGUUUGUGGCCCUCGGCGGCCCGGGGCACACCAUCCGGUCCUGCCGGCGGUCGCUCUUCUUCAACCACUUCACGUAUGCCAAUUUGCUGGUGCGCCAGGCGCUGGAGCUGGCCCUGGUGGACUAUGUGGUGGAGGACCUGGCCCUGCAGACGACGCACGCCCGGGACCCGCCGAUCCCCCUGACGCGCUUCCUGGGCUACUUCCAGUAUGAUGCCACGGCCACGGCCAAGGCCAUGGCCCUGGCCGGGCUGUAUGGCGAGGCGGUCCUGUCGCAAUCGCUGGCCGCCGGGGUGUCGGCCUACUCGCUGGAGCUGCCGCGGGCAUUCUUGCGGUUUUCGGAUUUGGAUUUGUCCGCCGCCACGGGCCCGGCCGCCACGGGGGCCGAUCGGCCGGCCGGCGGGGAGGCCGCCAAGCCGGCCGCCACAAGCCCGGAGGCCGUGUCACGGGCCUACUUCGCCGGGCUGGCACGCGAGUUUGACCGGUUCUUCCCGGACACCAGCGACGCGCCGCUGACCGCGGUCCUGGGGCCGCUGGUGGACGAGCUGCUCGCCUCGCAGGCCAGUCGCAUUCACCUGGAGCGGGCCUUCCUCCGGACGUCGAAGCUCGGCGCCUCCGGGCCGAAUUACGCGGAAAUGCCGGCCCCCUGCACCCAGCGUCGACGCCUGGCGGCCGAUGUGCGCUACCGCGAUGCGCACUUCUACACCUGCUUCCUGAUGGAGCUGCUGAAGGAGGUGGUGGCUUCCUACCCGCCGGCCAAGUAUUACCUGGCCCUGCGGUAUGUCCCGGGGGCCGGCAGCGGCGGGGGCUUUGUGGCCCCGGCGGCCGGGACCACGGCCCACGGUGCCACCGGCCCCGGGGCCGGUGCUGCCAGCAUGCCGGGCCCCGGCGGCGGGGCGCCCAGCGCCGCGGCCACGGUGGCCGCCCCGGCGCGGCCCUUCGAUUCGGCCUUCCUGGACUUCCUGCUGGACCGGAUCCUGCUGGCGCACAUGCGCGUCGAGACGCCGCCCGGGCCGAAGUCCUCGGCCACGGUGCUGGUGGACUCGCGCCGAACGGCCGAGGCCUCCCUGGCGGCGGAUCUCCUGCUGGAGUUGUCGCUCGUGUCGACCUCGUCACUGAACCGGGUGCUGAUCACCAGCCUGCUGGGGUUCAGCCGGCAGGCUGCUCCGACCGGGGCCGGGGCCGGGGCCGGGGCCGGGGCCGGGGUCGCCGCCGCCGCCGCCGCCGCCGCCGCCGCUUCUGGGCCCGGGGCGCCUGUCGCCGCCGGCGCGGCUCCCUCCCCGGCCUCCGGGUCCCUGCUGACGGACAUCCCGUCCGACCGGUCGCCCAUCUACUCGGCCCGCUUCGAGGUGGACCUUGCUCGGCAGCUGGUGCUGAUGAUCCACCACCGGGUGGCCACCCUGCUGGACUUGCUGGCGGCGCACUUGCACCCGGCGGCGUCCGGGUCCACCGGGUCGCCCAUUUCCUCGGCCAGCGGGUCGCCGCAGUUGCUCGGCCUGCCGGGGCAGUCGCCGGUCCUGCCGGCCGCCGACAGCGGCGCCUGCGCGCCCGGCCUCCUGGGCGGGGCUUCGCUGCCGGGGUCCUCCAUGGCGGCCGUGGUGACCGCGGUGACCGCGGCGGCCGCCAGUGCCAACACCCUGACGCCGAAUCAGAUCUUCGGCCGGCUGUCCAUCCUGCUGCAACUUCUGUACCGGAUCCUGUCCGGGUCCUUGGGGUCCAUUUGCGAGGUGUCGCGGGCGCUGUCGCUCAAGAGCUUGCAAUUUGCCUCGCCGGCCAAGGCGGCCCUGGAUGCCGGGUUCAUCCCCCUGCUGUUUGGCACCCUGCGGGUGUUGAAUGCCAACUUCCAAGCGGCCCCGGAGCUCAUCACGUCCAUCCUCACGCCGCUGGCCUUCCUGACCAAAACCGCCAACCGCCUGUCGCAGAUGAUGUACCGGCUGCAGCUGAGCGAAAGCUGGCUGGCCAGCCAGCAGGCCCCCGGGGGCGGGAGCUCGGCCGGGGCGGCCGGUGCCAAGGCCCUGGCCGGGGCCCGGGCCCGGCGCCCCGGCGGCGAUGCCUCCGACUCGGAUGCCGAGGGCCCGGACCGGCCGAGCAAGCGCCGUCGCGGCGGCAGUGGCAGCUCGGCCGGGGCCGACUCGACGGCCCUGGCGGCGAUGCGGCCGGGGCGCGCGCGCCCCGGCGCGGCGGGUGCCUCCUCCUCCUCCUCCUCCUCCGGCGCGUCGGCCAGUCGGACCGGGCUGCUGUUCAGCCGGUCGCGAUCGUGGUUCGCGGCGCCGAUGCGCACGUCGCUCAUCAUCUCGCACAGUGGCCCGGGGUCCGGGCUUGGCGGGCCUUCGCUCGGGGAGAUUGAGUUUGUCAUCGAGGCCGACGACUCGGACGACGAGGAGGAGGAGGACGCCCAUGACGACGGCUCGGAGGGCAUGGACGCCGGGUCGCCGGUCCCGCUGGUCACCGAGGCCGAUGCCCAGCGGCUGCUGCACAUUGUCUUCGACACGGCGUCCGACUCGGCGUCCGGGCUGGAGUCCGGCUCCGAUGGGUCGGAGUCCGGGUCUUCCUCCGGGGCCGGCAGCGAGGCCGAGGACGCCGGCGACGGGCCGUCCGGCUCGACCGGCGCCCUGCGCUAUGCGCAAAUCCGCUCGCUGUCCGACUACGACCGUCUGGUGCUGCUGGAUGCCGUGCAGGAGCAGGAGCAAAUGCAGCAUGCUCAGCAGCAGCAGCAGCAGCGCCAGCAGCGGCAGCAGCAGCAGCAGGCACAGGCCCGGGCACACGCACAGAGCCUCGCGCACGCGGCGCCGGCCGGUGCCGCUUCUGGGCCGGCCUCGGACAGCGAUGCCGAGGACAUUCUGCUGGCCCUGCUGGCGGCCGACCGGUCGUCGACCGGUGGCCAGACCAUCCUCGACACCGGGUCUUCGCGGAUCUACCUGUCGGACUUGCUGAGCUCCGGCGGCGGCGGCGGCGGCGGGCCGGCCAGUGCCGGUGGCGGUCGCUCCCCGGACGCCGGGGAUGUGCUCUUCGAGGCGUCCGGGCCGCCUGGCGACUCGACCACCAGCGACUCGGAGCCCGGCCGGACCAGCGAGGACGACGAGGACCUCAGCCUGUCCGAGGGCGACAUCAACAUCGUGCUCAACAUCCUGGAUGGGGAGGACGACGAGCAUGACGAGCAUGGCAGCGAUGAUGACGAGGCCGAUGACCAUGACGACGUGGAUCUGCACCUGCAUCUCGGGCUCGGGCUCGAGCGCAAUGGCCGCGUGGUGGCCGGCCCCGGCGAUGAGGAUGACGACAGCGACGUCUACUCCGGGCUGCUGAUGCCGCUGGGGCGGGGCCGCGGUCGGGGCCGGGCUUCCGCCGCCGGGGCCUCCCACUCGGACUCCUCCGCCUCCUCCUCCUCGGACGAGGAGGAGGACGACGACGACGACGACGACGACGAUGCCAUCGACGAAUCGACGGAGCCCGGUGUGCCGGGCGAUGUCUUUGGGCAGAAUUCCGACGUCGACGAUGAGCAUGACAGCCUGGUGGAGGAUGACCACCUGCGCGACAUGAUGCUCUACGGCGAGGAUGAGGUUGAGCUUCAGCUUCGCCGGGCCGGGCAGCCCGAUGACAACUCCAUCGACACAUUGCCGUCCAGUCGCCGGCGCCAGAGGCUGAUCCUUCGCCGGGCGGCGGUCAUGGAUUCGCCGCUGCGCGCCGGGCCCGGGGAUGCCGCUCAGCCAGCCGGCGUGUCCGGGUCCCUGUCCCAUGCGGCCGGCGGUGUCGGGGGCGCCACCCGGCCCGGGGCCCCGAGUCCCGGUCCUGGAUCUGGCCCGGGGGCGGCCCUGUCGGGCCCUGUGCCCAUGGGGGCGGCGACGCCGGGGCCGGUGGCGGUGCCGGCGGCCGCGGGCUCGGUGCCCUCCCCGGGGCAGGUGGCUGCUGCCCCGUCGCCGGAGGCCGCCCUGGCCGCCAGUGUGCCGGGCACGCCGGUGCCGGCGGCGGCGGCGGCCCCUGGGCCCGGGUCGACUGCGGCGCCGGCCGCCGAGGAUCCCCUUGGCGACAGCCUCAUCCUGGCGGUGGACGAUGCCUUCGACGUGAUGGACGCCGCGGCCGACGAGGAGGAAGAGGAAGACCCGGAUGGCUGGGAUGCCGAUGGCGACCCCGAGGAUGGGGGCAUCAUCAGCAUGCCCCCGCCGCAGGGGCACCACGACAUGUCGGACAUCGAGUCCAUGGACGAGGACGACGUCAAUGAGGAUGACUUCGGCGGGGAGACCCUUUGCGACAAUUCCUACACGACGACCGUGGCCCCGGGCGAUGAGCACAUCAUCGGCGAGGACCUGGUGCGCGAUCCCUUCGACACCAUGGACGAGGAUGACGACGAUGAGGCCCUCUUCGACCAGAUCCCGCGGCUGGCCCGGCGCUACGUCGGCGAUGAGGAUGAGGACGAGGACGAGGAUGAGGAUCUGGAAGAGGAGGAGGACGACGACGACGAGGAGGAGGAGGAGGAUGAGCAUGACAUCCACACGCUGCAUGGCGAGGACCACGCGGACUUCGAGGCGCGUGGCCCGCCCCCGGCGGACGCCCUCUUCGCCCUGCCCUCGCGCAACUCCCCGAUGGACCCUCACGAUGGCAUCCCGGGCGACUACCCGCCCGGGGAGCUGAACCGCCUGCUCCGCGCCCCGGGGCUCGUGGUCUCGGGCUUCCCGAUCCGGCGCUCCGGGCGCCGGUCUUCCCUGUCUGUCGGGGGCACUGACCGGGGCGCGGCGGGUGCCCCCGGCGCCGAGCGGGCUUCCUCCCCGCCACCGGCCUCGGCCCCGGGCCCCGGUGACCUUUCCGAGGACACGGCUCAGCAGGUGGCCGGCCUGGUGCGGCUGCUGCAGUCGGCCUCAUCGCGCCUGGCGCCGGGCUCCGGAGGCCAUGGCGACAGCAGUGACGACGGCAGCAGCAGCAGCAGCGGCGGCAGCGACAGCGACAGCGACAGCGGUGCCCCGUCGGGCGGCGGCACCAGCGACUCCGACAACAGCGGGGCCUCGUCCGACGGGUCGGACCACUCCGGCGACGAUGCGGACGUCAGCGACAUCUUCCGCCUGCUGGCCGAGCAGGCCAGCGAGUCCGACGACCUCGACGAGGGCGGCGACCUCUCCUCGCCGGGUGGCCCCGGCAGCGAGUACAACGACAUCCUGGCCUCGCUGGAGCGCAUCCUCGGCACGGAGGGCGGCGAGUCGCGGGCCGGGCGCCGGCGGCCGAUUGCCGGCGGUCCGCCGCUGGCCGCCGGCGGCUUCGGCGGCCCGGUGAGCUCCAGCGACCGCGAGGAUGCCACCGAGCCACAAGCCACCAAUCACCACCUUCGGCUGCCCGCCGGGGUGGGGUACAUGCGCCUCCCCUCCGGCGCCUCCGGGCCCGGUGGGGCCGGCGUCGGGCCGGCCGAGGAUUACCCCAGCUCGGACGCCUACUCCGACGAGGACCUGGACAUGGUGGGGGGCCUGGGGCCGGACGACCUGUCCGAAACCACGGCCAACUACACGCCGGCCGACCUGGACCCGGAUGUCAUUGAAUUCGGCAUGGACGGCGAAAUUGUCCGCAUGGGCACCUUCACCUCGGGCGAUGGGGCCGGAGCUGGCGGUGGCGGCGGCGGCGGCGGCGGCGGCGGCCCGGGUGCCGGGGGAGCCGACGCGGCGGCCCCCGGCGGCGGGUCCUCGCGGCGGCCCUCGGUCCGGUGGGUCUUGCCGCCGAUUCGGCACCAGGCCGCGGCGGCUGGCAGCCCGCUGCGGCCGGGGCUCCUGCGGUCGCCGAUCGGCCGGCGCUUUGGCGGUCCUGGCGGCGGGGGGGGCCCCGGUCGCCGGGGCGGCCCGGGCGGCCACCAUCCCCUGGGCCCGGAGCGGUUGAUCUUCUCGUCGAUGAACUUCCGGGACUUGUGGGCCCGGGUGCGGCUGCUGCCCGACCCGCCGACCGAGGACUCGGCGCGCGCCUUUCGGCUGAAUUCGGCCGACGCGGCGGAGGCCGACGCCCGGCUGCCGGGGGUCACGCCGCUUGGGGUUGCUCCCGGGCAGCCUCCGCUGCUGGUCAGCCCGGGCGGCGGGGCCGCCGGGUCGGCCGGCAUGCAUCACCAGCACCCGCUGCACUUGGUCCCGGAGCGCGAGGACCUGAUCGACCCGGCCGGCAGCGACAUGCAAUCGCUGAUGACCAUGUCCGAGGCGGUGAGCCCACGCCCCGGGCGGCUGGCCAUGCCGCGGUCGGCCGCGUCCCUGCGCAUGGGCUGGUCGCCAUCCGGCCGGCGUCCCUCGGGGUUCCUGCUCCCGGGGGUCCGGCCCCCGGGCAUGGCCCCGCCACUGAGCCCUGGCACCCAGGGUGCGGCCGGCGGCGGCGGCGGCGGCGGCGGCGGCGGCGGCUCGACUGCCUCGCCCCGGGGGGCCGCCCCGAUGCCGGACGACCUGAAUGCCCUGGUUUUGACGGUCAUGCCGGGCGCGGUGCCGGUGCGGUCGGUUUCGUCGUCUCCUCGCGAGGCGGCCGAGGCCCCGGCUGGGGGUUUGGCCACGGCCGGGGCGGGCGGCUCGGCGGCCGAUGCCGCCGCAUCGGCCGCCAGUGCAUCGGACAGCACCGGUAACCUGUCGGCCCUGCUGGCACAGUACCUGCCCCAGCCGGGUGGCCUGGAUGUCCUGGCACAGCAGAUGGCCGGCGACCGGGCACCCCCCGGCCCGGUGGACCUGUCCUCCAUCAAUGCCUUCCCCAACACGCACAUCGUCACGUCGCAGCUGCUGGCCCUGUCGCAAUUUGGCGGCGGGGCCACCGGGCACCAUGCGGCCGGGCUGUGCUCGGCCCCGCCUCCGACCGGCUGGCACGAGCCGCCGCCGCCGCUGCAGCAAACCUGGGAAACGGCCAACGCCAUUGCCAGCCUCCAUGCGCGGAAUGAGCGCAACCGCCCCGGGGCCGACAUGUUCCACUUCUUCCGGGUGACGCAGUCCGGCCGGCCCACCCGCCGGGAUCGGAAUUCCUUCCUGCCGGCCCCGUCGGCGGCUCUCGACAGCCCGAACCGCUUCGGCCCGCCGCCGGAGCACUCGUACAUCGCCCCGCCGUCGGUCAGCCAGCCGCAGCUGCACACCCUGCCGGAGCUCUUUGUCCCCUAUGUCGACGCCCUGGCCCUCAUCGACCUGGACCUGCCCUUCGCGGCCCUGCGGGACUUGUACACCAUGCGCAUGUUCCCGGCCCCGGCGGUCAUGAUGAAUGGCCGGGCCCUGCGCCGGACCCCGGCCAUCUACUACAACCUCGAGACCACCGCCUACCGGUGGGGCUCCAUGCUGGUGGUGGCCGGCUGCCACGCCAUCAAUGGGACCCUGCUGGGCCUGCUGAAUCGGUUCCUGGCUCGACACCUCCGGCCGCUGGCCCUGGGCCUGGGCCCGGAGGCCGCCGGGCCCGAGCUCGCCCAAGUCGGCGGCAUGGCCGAUGACCCGGCCGCCGAGUCGGGCCCCAAGGCGCCUGGCCCGCCGGUUCCCGGGUUCCCCGCCAACCACCUGGCCCACGGGCGCUCCUCCCUGGCGGUGUCGCCGUCGGAGGACCACCCGACCGGCGGCAAUCCCAUCGGGCGUCUUCGUGUGGCCCCGUCGGGAACGCUGCUUGCGCGUUCGCCCGCCAUCCGCGAGCGCCGUCCGACGGCUCGCCUGGCGGCCCGGCCUCGGGCCUCGCCGCGGCUCCCCACCAAUGUCAGCCUGUCGAUCUACCUGCGCUCCAAGGAGUUCUCCCCCUCGCCGCUCAUCGAUCGGGAGAUGCUCUUCUCGCUGAUGAAGCUGCUGUUUGUGGCGCACCCGAUCAAUUCGGUGGCCCUGCUCCAGCCGAUCACCUUCCUGUGUGCCAACCGGUCGGUCAGCGCCUUUGUGCUGGCCUUCAUCCUGUGUGUCAUCAGCCCGAACCCGGCCUUGCGCAUUGUCCUCGGGCCGAAGUACUCGUCGCUGGGGUUCCUCGGGUCGCGCCAUGAGCGCGAAUCGGCGGCCCUCAUCCAGCGCAUGCUGCGUGCCGGGCCCACCGGCGCCGGGGUGGAGGACCCCGGCGACGCGCCGAGCUGGACGCUCCCCUCGCGCGUGACCCUCCGCUCGGUGACCCUCCUGCGCGGGCUGAUCGAGCGGUCCGACGUCUCCGGCACCAUCAACCGCAUGAUGCUGAGCCCGGUGGACCUGGGGGUCAUCCUGUCGGCCACCUCGCAGCAGGCGGCCACCGGUGGGCCGGGGGCCGGGGGGCCGGCCGGCUCGGGCUCGGCCCCUGCUGCCGCCCCGCCGGGCCCGGGCCCGGCCCCUGUGGCCGCCUCCCGGCAGGUGGUCAUCCCGCUGAUUCACCUGAUCGAGCUGCUGCACAUCGAUGCCAUUGUGCACGACUCGCCGGUGCUCGAGAACCUCAUGGACUUGAUCUUCAAUGUGAGCCUGCUGCUGGUCCAGCGCCAAACCCCGCCGAUGCAUGUCAUCGAGCAGCUCAUGUCGCUGGAGCCGGCGCCCAUCAUCGAGCCCGUGCCGAUCCUGGCUCCGAGCCCGCCGGCCUCGAUGGCCUCGAUGGCCCCGAGCGCCGGCGGGCCGGCCACCCCGGGCCCCGGCCCGGACACGGCCACCAGCGCCCCCCUGCCGCGCAGUCUCAACAUCAGCCAGUUGCUGAUCCCCACCACGUCCGUCUACCACCUGGUCAACCUGCUGCAGGUGCCGAAUUGCUCCAGCCGCACCUUCGGCCUGACGCUGCUGGUGCUGUCCAACAUCUCGGAGCUCCCGCGCUAUCGGCCGGUGGUGCGCGAUGCCAUCCUGGCCUCCAUCCGGACCUUGGGCCGGCGCACGGCCGCCGACAUCGCCAGCCUGGCCGAUCUGCUGGACCGGUUUGUCACCGUGGCCACGGUCACCCAGACCGACGAGCAGUCCAGCAGCACCAGCAGCACCGAGCAGCAAAAGAUCGAUGUCACCGCGGCCAUGGCCAACAUGGACCUGUCGCGCCUCAGCUCCCAGGUGUCCUCCCAGGUGCAGCUCCUGCGCACGGUCAAGGCCCUCGGGUCGCCCUUCAGUGUCGAUGGCCCGGACUCGCCCUUCGGCCAGGCCUCUUCGGCGGGGCUUUCGGCCGACGCCGGUCCCCCGGGGCCGGGCUCGGGCUCGGGCCCGGCUGCCGCCGGCGCCGGCGCCGGCCCCGCCAUGGCCGACGGAUCGCCCGACAGUCAGCCCCCUCUGCGCCCUGCGGCCCCGGUGCCGGUCAGCCCGCUGGCCGGGGCCGCCGACGCCACGGCCUCGCUGAUGGCCGCCUUCCGGUGGAACAUCGAGCAGGUGUUCCAUGACCUGACGGCGGCCGGGCUCUGGCGGUCCCUGUCCCGGGCGUUGGACCUGCUCCUGCUGUCUUCGGACUUGACCCAUGUGUCGGCGGUCUUGCUCCCGGUCAUCGAGUGUCUCUUCCUCAUUUGCCAGGUGAGCAUCUUCAAGGAGCGCUCGCUGCCACAGACGGUCGACUCGACGCCCUGCCCGUCGGCCGGCCCGAGCCGGGCCCCCUCACCGGGCCCCGGCGGCGGCCACCCCGGGCCCCUGGCUCCGGCCGACAUGGCGCACCCUCUCCCGGGCUCGCACUCGGGCUCCGGCUCCGGCUCCGGCUCCGGCUCGCCCGCCUCCUCGCCCGGGGAGUACCUGGUGAAGUUUGUCUACCGGUUCAAGGUCCUCAUCAACCACAUCAUCCGGUCGCAGACCAACCUCAUCAGCAAGGGGACCUUCCUGUGUCUGGUGACCCACCUGCCGGAUGCACUGGACUUCGACAUCAAGCGCACCUUCUUCAACCACCAGAUCCAGCAAUUCCUGGACCCGAGCAGUCGGGCGGCCACGCAGGCCGCCGCCACGGCCGGCAUGUUCAAUGCCGGGACGCCGCCGGGCGUGGCGGCGGCGGCGGCGGCGGCGGUCUUCCCGCGACCCGGCGCCGGGGCCGCCUCGCCCGGCGGCGGCUUCCUGCCGACCGCGGCCGGGCCGGGAUCGUCAUUGCCCACGGCCGCCAGCAUGACCGAGCUGGCGGCCCAAACGCGCCAGCCCAUCCGGCUGACCGUCGACCGAGACACCGUCCUGGAGGACUCCUUCACGGCCAUGCAAUUCCUCAAGCCGGAGCGCGUGCGCCUGGCCCCCAUCCAGAUUACCUUCCGCGGGGAGCCGGCCGUCGAUGCGGGCGGCGUCACUCGCGAGUGGUUCAACAUCCUCACCCGGCAGAUGUUCGACCCGAAUUAUGCCCUCUUUGAGAAUGUCUCCGGCAAGAAGGUCACCCUGCAGCCGAACCGCCUGUCGCACCUGGCCUCGGCCAACCACCUGGCGUACUUCCGCUUUGUCGGGCGCAUCAUCGGCCGGGCCAUCUUCGACGCGCGGGUGCUGGAUGUCCACUUCACCCAGUCCCUCUACAAGCACAUGCUCGGCCGGCCGAUCAGCCACCAGGACAUGGCCGCGGUCGAUCCGAGCUUCCACCAGAGCCUGGUGUGGAUCCUGGAAAACAGCAUCGACGACGUGCUGGACCUGACCUUCUCCCAUGACACGGAUGACCUGGGCCAGACGGUGGCCGUGGACUUGGUCCCCGGCGGGUCGGCCAUCCCGGUGACCGACGCCAACAAGCACGACUACGUGCGCCUGGUGGCGGAGCUCCGCCUGUCCAAGGCCAUUGAGUCCCAAAUUGGCGCCUUCCUGCAGGGCCUGCACGAGAUCAUCCCUCGGCACUUCCUGUCGAUCUUCAGCGAGCAGGAACUCGAGUCCCUGAUUGCCGGCAUGCCGGACAUCGAUGUCGACGACUGGCGCAACAACACCCUCUACACGAACUACUCCCCGGCAUCGCCGCAGGUCCAGUGGUUCUGGCGUGCGGUUCGCUCUUUCAGCAAUGAGGAGCGCGCGCAGCUGUUGCAGUUCGUCACCGGGUCUUCGCGCAUCCCGCUCGAGGGCUUCUCCCACCUGGAGGGGUCCAAUGGCCGGCAGCGCUUCUCCAUCAGCAAGGACUUCCGCAGCAACAACCGCCUGCCGGCGGCACACACCUGCUUCAACCAGCUGGACUUGCCGGAGUACGAUUCCUACGAGCAGCUCCGCCGGAAUCUCCUGACGGCCAUCAGCGAGUGCACCACCGGCUUUGCCUUUGCCUGAGCCGGGGCACUGCACGGACCCGCCCCCCCUCUCCCCCCCCCCUUCUCCCUGACAUACAUGUACUUUUAUAGACCUUCCUUCUACCCUUCCCAAA